AUGGACUACUUUAAAUUUGUUUCUUCAGAUACUCCAGUUGGAUAUACAAAAGUGCAGAGAGCUGUGUCGGCGGCAUUGUACUCCAUAACAAUUCCAGUAGCUUUGACGGGAAAUAUUCUUUUGAUUUUCAUUGUGACGAGGAGGCCUAAGACGAGGACGUUAACUGGGUUUCUCUUUGUAAACAUGGCUGCCGCUGACCUAUUAGUAACGUUGGUCGAUAUGCCAUCUGCGAUGGCAGUCCCUUUUACGAGCAUACAAUGGCCGCCAGGUAUUAUGGGAGACAUAACGUGCAAGGCCGUAUACUUCGGUUUCUUUGUUGCCAUAACAGCAUCUAUUUUAAGCCUUACACUCAUGUCAGUGGAUCGUUUCUUAGGAGUAGUCUAUCCGCUCCGCCGGUUUCCACGAUUUCGAAACGCACGACUCCUAAGCUUCAUAAUCUGGCUAAGUUCGAUGAUCUUUAUGAUCCCAGUGGCUAUUUUGUGGAAGGUUACAGAUGAAUUUAAACCUGGGAAAUUCCAGUGCUUUGCCUCUUUCGGGAAUCUGCUCGGAGAUUACAAAAACGAUAUAACAUUUCUCUACACGUAUCUUUUCUUUCUCAAAUACUUGAUUCCACUUUGCCUGAUAACAGUACUUUAUGACCUCGUUUCUCGCACACUUUGGCGGCAUAAUGUUCCAGGUGAUCGCUUAGUUUCAAGUGAUUUCGACUCAAAACGUCGCCAGGGAAGAAAGAAAAUUGUGCGCACACUUGUCGUUGUCACCGCUGCCUUUGCAAUUUGCUGGCUCCCAGCACAGUCUUACUAUCUUAUCUUAGCUUUUAACUUUGAACUUCAUGACCGUCUUCCUCGAUUUGUAAUGUUCGUGUGCAACUGGUGUGGACAUUCCAACAGUGCCGUCAAUCCAUGGCUGUACAUGUUAUUAUCGAAAAAAUUUCGUAGAGUCCUAAGUGACAUGAUGUAUAAACUAUAUUUGAAAAUUUACUUAACAUUAUCCCAUCCGGAUCCCAACAGGGAAACCUGCGUGUGAGUCACAAGUAAGUACCUUCCGGCUCUGUGUCACCUAGCCAGCAAAUACAGAAGUCUCUCUUCGCUCCCCCACGGGGGGGGGGGGGGGGGGGGGGGAAAGCAUAUGAAAGGGGUGAGGAUGCUCGUCGAAAAUUUUGAAUUAAACCCCUAAGGAGACCGAUCUGGGCGUGGCCCAAGCUUUUUUUGACCCCUAAAAGAGACCAUGUUGAAACAAAGACAAUAUAUACAUACUUAUAUUUGUCGAGUGCGAUCCUAAACGAGACCUUCACGGCUAAAUAUGAUGGCGUUUUGCCCAGAACACCCUAAGUGAGACCAAAAUCCGAAAUUUACACCCCUAAGCGAGACGACGAGCAUCCCCACCCCUUUCAUAUGCGGAGUCCCUCUCCUGGGUUCGUUCCUCGCCGCCAAAGACGUUUCGAGUGAGAGAAGUCAGCGAUUCGGCCCCAAAAAUUCCACAGUGAUGAAGUGAAUCAAUGUUUACAUGAUUAAGCUGGUAGUCAUGGGGUUUCAGAUGUAAAAUUGUUCGAGUUUAAGUUUCUCUUGGUCUAUUAUCGUUCUGCGAACGGGCAGUAGCAAAACUUAUCAGAAUUGAAGUUUUGGCGCCAAAUCGCAGACGUCUCUCCCACGAAAGAGCAAGGAGAGACGGUUGUAUUCGUAGGCUUAAGUGGCGCUCUAAAUUUAAUUCGCGUCAUUAGUUCUUGUAGUUUUUUUUUGUACCAUCUUGUAGACAAUGUAUUUCUUCAACUAUAGAUAGUUGCUCAAUCAUCAGCCACACAAUGUUUCCAGUAUUUUUUUUUGAAAGAUGUUAAUACUUGCGUAAAGUUUAUAAAAUGGAGGGUCGUAUCUCAGAGAGGAUAACUAGCAAAAAGGAAAUACGCAUUCGCCAAUAAGGCCCUUUGCAGCUAGCCAUUCGCAACGGAGUUACAAAACCGCCAUGUAGGGGAGAAGGAGACAAGACAACCAAAAGAUCACCCUUUAUUUAACUUGUCCCAGUGCGUCAAUUGCUCUCCAGCGUGGUGGUUUUGUACCAAGUGAAUCACUAACUGCAAAAGCUUGCAAAGAGGCUACUACAAUGGUCCCCACUUUUCUAAAAAAAACUAAGCAAAACUUCAGUGCCAGCACCAUGGCAAAUGUCAGUUCUCUGAGCUCGCUGUCGUUGUUGCUGGGGGUAUGAGUGAAUAGUCGUAAUUUAAUUAAUCCGGCCUACAUGUACGUAAGGAAGGAUUUCAAACCGGUGUAACUACCCCGGCAGUAUCACUAGACAUGGCAAGUUCUGACAGAGCAGUUUACCCCCUUAUUUUUUAAAAGUCAUUUGUCCAUUCAAGACCUUCCUCUGAUAUGGUGAGUUUUUUCACACACUGUUCAGUCACGUUUGUCACUCGUUCGCAGCCACAUGUAGUAGCUUGCGUCUCAGGGAAAAGCAUACGAACCAUGGUUCAAUUGGUGGGCAUAUACAGUAUAGGGCUGACGUCACAGACCGCAACCAGACAUGAAUACAGAAAAAGAUUAAGAUACAAAAAUCAUGAGAGAAAUUCUAUGUAACCUAACGUGCCGCGCAACAAGAAAUGCGACUUUCUUCAAAUGAAAUGUAACUUAACUAACGACAUUAUAGAGUACCCUGCAUCCAGCCAUGAUCCGUAGGUGUCUGUAUGAUAGGCGAGGUUCCCAUGCAAGUUAGUCGCUUGUGCCGCAUACAGACCGCAGCGUAUGUCGAUGGAAAACAAUGAAUGAAUCUGAUGGUAGUUCUUAUUCAGUUUUUGCCAACAUUGUAAAGAUUGAUUUAAGUUCCGAUUAACAUGAAACUUAAGAACCUAACGUAGCAGGUUAAACUUAACGCAGUCUGAUAUUUUGAUGAAACAAAAUGUCACAAAAUCAAGUCGAAUCCAAGCAAAGUGAGUGUUCCUUCGUGGAAUAAUUGUUAAAUAAUUGUACAUUUUACUAAGGCAUACCUAUGGCCUAUUAUAAAAGAUGGCCCAGUAUAUGAACUAACUUAUGCAGAAUUCCUAUCCUUUGUCCAUUCAAAUGAAAGCUCUUUGACGUUCCUAUUGUCACGUUAAAUUUACGUUUAAGUUUCCUGAACAUUCACUCUUCAGGGGUGAAGCGGAAAGGCUUGAGCUCAGUUAUAGUUUUUGCAGAUCUUAUACGCGUUCUGCACCGUACAGCUUUCAAUGUUUUCUAUCGAUGUCUUGAUACGUUGUGUGGCACGACUUAACAACAAAAAACAACAACAAAAACAACAAAAUUAAUUAAAAGAACAUAGACAGACGUGACGGAACUAUUAAGAAGCAGCAUUUACAUAUCUUAUGGAGACGACGUGAGGACAAUCGCACAGGAACAGUAGGUUAUUCCUCUUAAGUUAUUUUAAGUAACAAAACUCAACAGGCAUUUGAGCUAACGCUCUGGUAAGUGGUGUACUACAGUUUAAGGCAGAGCAGAGGUGGUGGUAAGGUAAUUUCAUGAUACUAAAACGUCAUUCAUACAGACCGCGUCGUAUUUUCAAUAGCCUUUGUACAGACUCCCGAUUUUUCCUGAGGAGUGGAGGGGUCCGUACACAGCCUACAUUUCAAUUACUUCUCGGCUCCUGUAUCUUGACCGUUGAUCCUAAUUGGCCAUUAUAUUCUGAGUUUGAGUGUGAGACUGGCUCGUCGUUUUGCGAAUUGCAUUAUGAUACUCUUGAGGAAGCUAUCGCUUCUUUCAUUGGCUUUCACGAGGUUGGGCGGGAAACUGGGUGUGCAAUUCCCAUUCUCGUCCCCAGAGCCUCCUGGGGGCCUGAGCACGAGCACCAUGAGGCUCUAGGGACACAGGAUUUGAAGUCCUAGAUUUUAGGUCAUUAGAAAUGACCGGAAGUCCUAAAAUUCUGUGUCCCCAGAGCCUCCUGGUCCUCGUGCUCAGGCCCCCAGGAGGCUCUGGAGACGAGAAUGUGCAAUUCCACACAACACGGACCCAGUCCCACGCGCAGCCUCGAAGUGGAUCUUUUUGUUUAAAAAAAAAAAAAACUAAAAUCAAAACCAAAAAUUAAAAAAACGAACAUUAGGUCGAUAUAAAGUCUUUUGAGGUCCAGGAUUUCGCUUAAAAAGUUACUCCUCGUCCAGUAACAGGCUCCGUGCAGUGCUUCAGGAUCUUGUUGAUUCUACAGAUCGCUCGUGGUUUUAUUUUCCGGUAUAACACUCACAUCAGUUUUAAGCCUUAAUUAUCCCUUCUUUGGUGCUUAUCUAUUUCACCACGCCAAAUUAAUUUUUUUGGUCUCCCCCGAGGCAUUCUCUCAAGGGGAUUUAAAAUGUUGCAAAAAAAUAACUUAAAUAUGCUUAAUUUAUUUUCUGAUUGAUAUUUACAUUUACUUCACGAUAAAUCGACAAAAACGAGACGAGGCUUUGUGUAAUAGAAGUCUGAUGGGCGAAAUAAUAAUAUUUUUUUUACCUUCUAAAGUCAACAAACGUUGAUUCCCUCAAACACAUUGCCCAUUUUAUUUACGUGCCCCAACAGGAAGGUGCCGGAUAUGUAUUUUGAGGGUAAACAAAAUUGCGGACAAUAUAUGACUGUCGAAUAAAUUAAACAUAUUGGAAAAAGGAUACGAGGCAAUUUUAAUUGAGUGAGAUUUAAUUUAAACAAAGGAAUAAAAUCCUUUCAAAGAACUGUCUAUAAGUUAAAGACAAAACAAAACACCUCCACUCUCGGUUGACAAUGGUUGUUGACGUGACCUGCGGUUCUAAUUUUCCACUGUUUUCAGUGUUUUUGUCACUUAUCUGAUUUUGGUAUUAUGUACGCUGGGCUGUGUUAAAAUACAGUUCGGUUAUGUAACUUUAGGAGCCUCAAAACUUUGGGGUAGAGGUAUUUCAGAGCUGGAUGAACAGUCACACCUGUAAACCUGGCAAGAUACAUCAAUCAUAUCAUAGUGGUUUAGAAGUUCAAUUUGCCCUCGUCUUCACAUGGGUCACAGGUGCUGAAUAUACAAUAUCGCCAAAACGAGUUUCCACUCGUACCGAAGCGUGCCAAUGUGCAAAGCGGGGAUAUAAUUACCCCAAACAUUUCACGGUUCGCCCUUUAAUCACAGAAAUAUUGUGUAAUCGAUAUCGUAUGUUCAAGAUCACCCGAUCGGAGACAUUGAUGCAACAAUGAAUGUAACUCCUGAUGGUAAGUCGCUCGCUAUUUCAAUGUGACGAGUUGCAUCUGCAGUCGCACUUUGUUCAGCGAAAAAGUUGUUUACAGAUCUUAAUACAUCGAAGCCAUCAUUAACUGAUGUUACUUAGACCACUAACAGCUAGAAUAGUUGUAAUACAGUGAGGAAACUACAAUGAAACAUUUAAUAACAAUUUAAAGAAAAGCUGACAUUUAAACAUGUUAUGAUUCAGAUGAUUAUUUUUAGCGGAGGCCUUGCUUGACUCGACUUGGGAGAGACCAGGUCAGCCUUCAAAUCAUUGUUAUGUAUGGUCCACUUGCGAGUUGAUUAUUGAAGUUUUAAAAUGUAAGGUUUCUUUACUUAGGAUAACUAACAUGCCUUUAACUUCAUGAGAUCUGAGAUUCUUCAGGGAAACCAAAAGCCAUUUCCUUAGCAGUAUGUUUUUUUUUUUGCAAUAUGCUCCUUGAGUACUCAGUCAUACUUGACCCGAACUUGAAGGCCUUUUUUACUCACGUUAGAAACAUGAAGAAUAAAUAUAUGUUUAUUUACACUGACGAUGUUGGUGUUAGUGUCCUAAUAUUUGAACUAAAAGUGAACUAAAAGCCGAAAGCCAGUGGUGUCAUGAUCAGUGGCAUGUAUUCAAAUGCCUUGAAACCACGGUAAAUUAGUUGUGCGUAUUCAUAAUCGACUUCCAUUAAUUCAAAGUCGGAAGCUUGUAAAAUUUUGAAUUUUCACUUUCGUGCUUUAUUGACACUUUCCGGGAUGGCCAAAUUUUGUAAGUUUCUUUCUGUUUUUGGACCCUGCACUACGUGUAGAGUUGUAGUUUCGAUUCGUGCCUUACACAUAUCAUAAUAUUAGGUAUUUAAUUACCUCAACUGUUAAAAUUUUUCAGGUAAAAUUUCCUUGGAGAUGAUGGACGAUUGAUUUAUUUUACUUUGUUUGUAUAUGUAUGACAGUUUCUCAUACUUUCCAAAUAUUUGUCCAUUUUCCUAUUUUACAUGUAUGUACUUCAUUGUCACUAAACACCUGCCCGCAAUGGUCAUCCGUUGAACGUCUACAAACUGGAAUGAUUUUGAAGAUAACUCUUUUUUUUUUUCGUUUUUAAAAGCUUUUGUUUUAGAACUCAAGGGGCCGCCGGGGCAUGCAAUCAGACGUAG